AUGGAUUCGUGGUAUCGUCCCAAAGUCGACAUUAUCUGUGGACUUAUGGUCCCACGGCCAGCAAAGCAGAGUGCGCCAUGGUCUGCAACGCUUGAAACUCCCACAAAAGCAACGAAAAGCAUUCUCCUGGACUACAUUUCUCCCAGUCAGCCUGCCACGCUGGUCAAAGCGUUUCGCAACCAGCAUUAUCUGUUAGCAGCGAGCGUAGUAUGUUCGCUAUUGUUGAGGUUGCUUGUAACCUUAUUCACUGGCCUGAUAACACUCUCACAAUUCCAAGUUGAGUAUGGUACUGUUCCAGUCCAGAUAUUAGAUUUGUUUAGUGCCAACAAGGACCGCCUGAGCUCCGUAGACAUGGAACCGCGCACAUCCCUCGAAGGAAUCAUUUUUCACAAUGCCAGCUAUCCCGAGGGCACCGACAAAGAUUUUGCGUUCCCGCGAUUCAGCGCACCAGACAUCCCACCAGAUGCUUCCAUCCAGGCCACUAUCGAUGGCUUUGCAGCAGACUUGGAUUGUCAGCCAUGCCAGCUCGUCGUGGACAAAGACCGGGCUUGCUUCAUGAAUUUAGUAUCACCGGGCGUUUCAUUUAUCUCUUCAAAUUGUACUAUGAUCUUCACGAGAGUACAUCGACAACAAAUGCUGCUGCUCUUGCGGAACAAAUUACCGCAAUCCCAGCCGAAGAAGCUGUCAUCAUCAUCCUCAUCUCUGGUCGCCUUACACAGACGAACGAAAAGGUGGUUUUCGGAUAUCACCUCCCAUGGUAUGACUCCUCUCUGA